AUGAGCGAUAAACGAAGAGCUUCAUCCCCCCAGGGGUCGGCAGUGCGUCCGUCCCCCCUGGCAUGCACCGAAUGUCGCAAACACCACGUCAAAUGCGACGCCAAAAAGCCGUCCUGCACCCGAUGUCUGGAUGCCCGGCUGCCGUGCAACUAUCUGCCUUCCCGACGGGGAGGCCGGCGGAAACCUCGUAGCAGUACCUUGCAGCCCAUGCAGGGCGUGGCCGCGGACUUUCCUGGGAUGGUGUAUCAGACGCCGCUGUCUGAACCCACCAGCGCAAAUCUGCCCGCAACCCAGCCCAGUCCGUCCGUGACAGGCAAGGAGGUGUCGUCGAUCAGCUCCAGAGAUUCUCCCCAGAAUGUACAGCUGCCUAUCGUGCCGGAUUCGAGAUUGGUGCGACUGUACUAUGAGAAUUUCCACCAUGCCCACCCAAUUCUGGUGCCAGCGACUUCGUAUGAAGAGCGCAAUUAUCCCAGUUAUCUUCAGCAUGUUGUCCGGUUCAUCGGCAGUCAUUACUCGCUGCAGGUGAUGGGUGACUCGUAUAAGGAGGCCACUGUGCUGCAAUUGAGCACCGCGACUGAUCGAACGCCAUGUAUGGUCCAGGCAUUACUGUUAUACUCACUUUUUCUGUGCGCACGGAGCGAAGCCACGGAGGCGGAGAGAGCCUUUGUGCAGGCGACAGAUAUCGCCCUGGAACUGGGCAUGUUUCGCAGGGAUUUUGCCACCACAUUCUCCAACGGCAAUGAAAUCGAAGCGGAGAGUCUGCGGCGGACCUGGUGGGAGCUGUUCAUUGUGGAAGUGUUCAUGGCCGCGCGACCCCCCAAGGUUGUCUUGCGCUGCGGGAACGUCCCGUACGAUGUCCCAUUACCCUGUGAGGAGUACGUGUACGCCAAUCGCAAGGAGAUCCCCCCGUCUCCGACCUUCACCGCGUUCAAAAUGCGCGUGUUCACCGAGGAGGACGAAGACACACGAUUCUCCCGAUAUUCAUCCUUCAGCUAUCGUAUCGAGGCGGCGCUCAUUCUGGCGCGGGUUCUCGUGCUGAAUAGCCUGCCGGAGCCCCAUCGAGAUCACCUGCAAGCCGUCGAGAAUGCACUGAUCAGCUGGUCGAAUCACCUUCCCAGACACAAAGUCGAUAUCGUCGACAUGUAUGGCAACGUCGACGAGAUGCUCUUCCAUGCCCACACGACCAUUCAGUACGCCGCCAUGCUCCUGCAUCUACCGCGCAGCCAUCUACGACCCGAAUUCCCGGACCUCCAAGUCCCCAUCUGUCCGGUGACGCCACUUCGACUCUCGCCGUCCUGUACCCGCCAUGUUCACGACGUCAAAGCCACCGAGGCCUCGAAGCAACUCUCCAAUCUCCUAUCCAUGCGUCCCAGCGCUCAGGGAUACAGCCCAUUGGUUGUAUCCGCCCUCGUUCUCUGUGGUGUGGUCCAGCUGGCCACAAGUCGGAUCCACGGCCCCGAUUGUCUCGACCACCACUGUAAUCGCGUGGUCCUGGUCCUGGGCUGUCUCAAGCUCCUAAGUUCGAACUGGCCGCUAGCGCGCCAGGCCCAUCAGCAUCUCCGACGUGCGGCUGCGGAGUCCUUCACCGCCUGGAUCGAGUCGCAGCAUCCCCAGGAUGCCGGUGGCCUGGCUCCUGCAUCACGGAACGAAGCCUACAAGGAUCCCGCGGCUGACCACAAUGCGUGGUACAACACGGGUGGUCAAGGGCUGAACGCCGAUUUGCAGAGUCUCUUCUCUCCGGGGCUUCUGUCGGCGUACAUUGAUCCCACCUGCAGCGACCCGUUGCUACUGAAUACAAUGUCGGAUUUCGACAUGACAUGA